UGCGAUUGGACGUUUCGGCGACACUAACUGAUAUCGCCGAGCGAGCAAUUUUAAUUUUGUGUAGAUACCGUACCAAGAAGUUAAAAAAAACAUGAAUCUUACUCAUACUAAACAUGUAUUAAGAACAUUAGUCAGAGGGAGAAGUAGCUUGCAGACUUUAUUGAGGUCGUAUCAUGCAGAAAAAGUUGCUACUAUUGGGUCACCAGCUGAUAAAACCUCGCCGCAAUAUCAGGAGAAUUAUGAACAGAUGAAAGGACUUGUUAAUCAACUGAAAUCUACAGUAUCGCAAAUUGCACAGGGUGGAGGAGAGAGGAGUAUAGCGCGACAUGUUUCACAAGGAAAGAUGCUCGUCAGAGAGCGAAUAACAAAUCUUUUAGACCCAGGAUCUCCAUUCAUGGAACUUUCUCAGUUAGCUGGCCAUGAGUUGUAUGGUGAAGAAGAGGUACCAGCAGGGGGCAUUGUUACUGGUAUUGGUAGAAUAUCAGGGACAGAAUGUAUGAUUGUUGCUAAUGAUGCUACAGUGAAAGCUGGUACCUACUACCCAAUCACGGUCAAGAAACAUCUCAGAGCUCAGGAAAUUGCCAAGGAAAAUAAUUUGCCCUGCAUCUAUCUUGUGGACUCUGGUGGGGCUAAUCUGCCAAGACAGGAUGAAGUGUUUCCAGGGAAAGAACACUUUGGUAGAAUCUUCUUUAACCAAGCCACUAUGUCUGCUGCAGGAAUACCACAGAUUGCGAUAGUUCUGGGUAGCUGUACCGCAGGUGGAGCAUAUGUUCCAGCCAUGGCAGAUGAGAGCAUCAUUGUCAGAAAACAGGGAACAAUCUUUCUAGCUGGACCUCCUCUUGUGCAUGCUGCAACAGGUGAGAUGGUAUCCGCUGAAGAUCUAGGGGGAGCCGACCUCCAUUGCAGGUCGUCGGGUGUUACAGACCAUUAUGCGAACGACGAGAGUCAUGCGCUUUAUCUUGCCAGGAGAGCUGUGGCAAAUUUGAACAGAAAAAAAGAAGUCAAUAUACCAGUGUUGAAGCCUAAGGAGCCCCUGUACUCCGCAGAUGAAUUGUAUGGCAUUGCAUCAGUGGAUUUCAGCAAGGUUUACGACAUCAGGGAAGUGAUUGCAAGAAUUGUAGAUGAGAGUGUCUUUGAUGAGUUCAAGCAGCAAUAUGGAGACACCAUAGUGACAGGAUUUGCCCACAUCCACGGCUACCCUGUUGGUAUUCUUGGUAAUAAUGGUGUUCUAUAUUCAUCGAGUGCCCUCAAAGCAACGCAUUUCAUUGAGCUAUGCUGUCAGAGAAAGAUCCCUCUUCUCUUCCUCCAAAAUAUCACAGGUUUUAUGGUUGGCAGAGAAGCAGAAGCCGGGGGUAUAGCUAAGAACGGAGCUAAGAUGGUUACAGCGGUAGCCUGUGCUAAGGUUCCUAAGAUCACAGUCAUUGUUGGGGGUUCCUUCGGGGCAGGAAACUAUGGAAUGUGCGGCAGAGCUUACAGUCCCCGUUUCCUGUACAUGUGGCCUAAUGCUAGGAUCUCGGUGAUGGGGGGUAAACAAGCAGCCCUUGUUUUAUCUCAAGUCAUGGCUGCACAGAGGAAGAGAGAAGGUUUAGAGCUUAGUAAAGAAGAGGAGGAAGCGAUUAUGGCUCCAAUCUUGGAGAAGUAUGAGAAGGAAGGAAGCCCCUACUAUUCAAGUGCGAGGUUAUGGGAUGAUGGUGUCAUCGAUCCAGCUGAUACGAGGAAGGUCCUGGCCCUGAGUCUUAGUGCUUCACUCAAUGCUAAAGUACCAGAAACGCCGUUUGGAGUAUUCAGAAUGUAGAUCCUCAUUUGAAUUAUCAAUACCACAUGGGAAAGAUCUGGGGUUUUUUUUUGUAGUCCAGUGUAAGUAAGAGUUUCUCUCUGUCUGUGUUUUACAAUCGGGGUUGGCUUAUUUUGUAUGAAUUUGUUUAAUACAAAGUGGUGAAACGAUAAGUAAUCAUGUGAUAGUAAGUUCAAAACAGUGUAACUGUAUCAAGAGCGGAAUUCUCGAAUUGCAAGUUGGUCUUUACCCAUUUUGGCUACUUUUCUGUCUGGUCUCCUACCUCAUUGUCUGAUCUUAGUUCAUCUGUGACCAGUUCGUCUACUAGAUAACAAUGUGGACGAAUUCUCAUUUAGCCCAUUAACCAUUUUCUGUAAUUUUCAGCUCCACUAAACACAUUUCAUCUAAUAUCCACUUGGUCUAAA